AUGAGUGUCGGUGUACCAGUUACCAAAUCUUUUAACAAAUUAAAAAAGUAUCCAUACGAAAUAAAUAAAUUUGAUAGAAGAGAAACAAAUGAAUAUUUUUAUUUACCUGUUGACUGUCCUCGUAUGAAAAAAUGUGAUGAUGCAUAUUGUCCAUUAGCACACACAAAAUUAGAAAAGAUAUUUCAUCCCAUAGUAUACAAAACACAAGCUUGUCAAAUGGCAAAAGAUGGAGCUUGUGAUUACUUUCAGAAAUGUGCUUUUUAUCAUGAUUCGAAUGAUAAAAAUGAGGCACAUUUAAAUUGGACCAUUUGGGAAAAAAAAUGGGACAAAUGGAGGAAUAAUAUUGAUACUAUUUUAACUCAACAUAAUAAAAAUGAUAAAGAAAUAAGAAGAAAAGUAGAAAGUAUUUUAAAAAUACGUAUGCCUCAUUUUAAUUAUAGUACAAAUAAAAAUAACCUAUUUUUUAACAAAAAUAUGUCUUAUAAUUCUACUUGGCCAAAUUUGAGUAAUAUCAGUGGAACAAACGUAGGAAAUAGUAGCAUAGGGAAUAGUGGUGUAGUAAAUAGUGGUAUGGUAAACAGUAGCAUGAUAGGUAGUACUAUGGUGGGUAGUAGCUUAGUAAGUAGUAACAUGGUGAGUAACAGUGCAGUAAGUAGUAGCGUAGGAAGUAAUAGCGUAGGAAGCAACAACAUGGGAAGUAGCUGCAUAGGAAAUAACAACAACAAAAUGAACAGCGUAAAUAACAUCUUGUGCAACUCUUUGAAUUCUCCACUAAUGCAAUGUCCCACCUCUCUUUUUAACAACACAUGGAAUAAACAUUUAAAUGGUAGUAAAAAAAAUUUCAAAAAUGGAAACGAAGGUAAACAUAAUAAUAUGAAUAGUAGUAUUAAUAGUAAUAUUAAUAGUAAUAUGAAUAGUAAUAUUAAUAGUAAUAUUAAUAGUAAUAUUAAUAGUAAUAUUAAUAGUAGUAUUAAUAGUAAUAUUAAUGGUAAUAGUAAUAAUAACAGUAACUCAUGCUGGAUGAAUGAGAUAAAUGAUAUUGGAAAUAUGAAUUUUGAGAAAACCUCACAUAUGAACACAAAUAUUGUGGGAAAAAAUAAUGCAUAUUAUGAUGAGACAUUAAGUUACAAUAGUAAUGCUACAGAUUGUGGGAUGAAUCUUGAUAUGUUGGAUAACAAUGCAUAUAAAGUUGUUGAAUUUUGUUUUACUGAUUAUGAAACAAAUAGGAAUAACAGCAGCAACAAUAGUAGUUGUAAUAACAACAAUAGCAGUAACAACAACAGUAGCAGUAACAACAACAAUAGCAGUAACAACAACAGUAGCAGUAACAACAACAGUAGCAGUAACAACAACAGUAGCAGUAACAUCAACAGUAGCAGUAACAUCAACAGUAGCAGUAACAUCAACAGUAGCAGUAACAACAACAUUAACAGUUACGGCAGUAACAACAGUAACAACUGCAAGGACGAUAGUGCCGAAAUUUUUAAUGUUCAUUUGGUGAAUUCCUUCUUUUCAUUACAUGGUCCUAAAGGAAUAGAAAAUGAAAGGCAAAGUUCUUCAAAUAUUAGUAGCAAUAACAACAAUAUAUAUGGAGGUAAUAUUUUUCAAGACGUGAAAUAUAACAAAACAUGUGAAUAUAUUCCAAACAUUUCAGAAGAAAUAAGCGAUAACCGAUAUAAAAAAUCACACACUUUAUCCGCUAAUUUUAAAGAAAAUUUUAUAACAGAUAUGAACAGUUCAGUUAACAAUUUUGAAUUAACUAAUUCAAAAUAUUUUUGCAAUAAUUCUAAUAAUACAGCUAUAUUCGAUAACUACGUGAACUUGUCUACUUUCUUUGACGUAAAUGUUAAUAAUAAGUUAAAUAGUUUUACGAAUAUUUCAAACUGUAAUACGUUCGACCACCUGACUUUUGAUGAGAUGACCAAAAAUAAUAAUGCUAAUAAUUUUUUCCUGUCAAAUGAAAAUGUAGUAGUAGAAGGAGCAAACAACAUGAGAAAUGGUGAACAGAUAGCAGAUGUAAACAGUGGAAGUUUGAAGGAAGAGGUGAAAUGGGAGAAAGAAGAAAAGGAAGAAAAGGGAGUAAAAGAAGGAAAAGAAGAAAUGGCAGUAAACAGUGCUAGUAAUUUAUUAGGGGGAAGUGGUGGAAAGACCGCAAAUAAGAUAUCGAAAAAGGGUAAAAAUAAAAAGGGUGUUGCAAAUGGUUUAAGUAAUACUAGCAAUAACAUUACCGCUGUAGUUGCAAGUAGUAACACUGUGAACAACGAAAGUAGUAACAACAAUAGUAACGCUACUCGAAGUGGUAAUAAUGUGAAAGAGCCUAAUUUUAGCGAGAUCAUUAGCCCAAAAAACAGCGAAAAUAAAUGUGAGGCACAUGAUAAAAAGAAGAACAAUAAAAAGGAAAAUCGACAAAACAAAAAUUGCAUUAAUGAAAAAGAUCCAGAUGAAAACAAAAAUGGAAAUAACAAAAUGUCGCAUGAAAAGGAAAAGAACGAUGAUGAUUGUAAAAGUAUUGAAAACACUUCUUUUUUAGAUAAGGAAAAAAAUAAAAAUAUGAAAAAUAAAAACAAUGAAAAUCAGAAUAAUAAUAAAAAGAAUAAUAACACAGCAACAAAUAAUAACAACAGCGUUGCUAAAAAUGCGGGAAAACAUGCAAAGAAAAGUGUAACAGAGAAUGCUAAUAAUAAUAAUAACACAAAAGAUAAAAAGAUGAAUGAGCAGAAUAGUGAAAAUGUUUGUAAUGAAGGUUCAUUUAGUAACAGAAAAAAUAUACCAUGUUUUCAACUAAAAAGAAGUUAUAGUGAUGUUAGCUCGGAAAAUAAGAAUAACAAUGAUUGUAGUACCCCCAAGAAUAAUAACAGUAGUAAUAAUGGUAGUUGUAAUAAUUUCAAUAGUAGCAAUAUCACCUGUAAUAAUGGCAGUAACGCCAAAGAGAUAGAUAAGUGCAAUAACAAUGAGCUCGUUAACAACAGUGACAAAAUUAAUAAAAAGAAAAUUAAUAACAAUAGUGCAACAAGUAAUAGUGCGUGUAACAAUGCGAAUAUUAAUGUGAGUAAUAAUGUGAGUAAUAAUGAGAGUAAUAAUGCAAGUAAUAAAGACCAUAAGCACAAUGCAGCAAUCAGCGGCAGCAUUAUCUGUGAAAAAGCGGACAAAAAAAACAACAUUAAUGAUAGCGUUAGUUUUAACCACCAAAUUAGUAGAGAUGAUAAAUAUGUAAAAUGUGUAGAUAUUAAUGAAGAAGAUGAUAAGAGAAAAAAAAAAAAUAUAGAUAACAAUAAGAAUAACUUUUUAAAUGGUAAGGACAAUAGCUGUAAAGGAAGCAGUAACAGUGUAGCAAAGACCCCCGUUAAUAAUGUUAAGGUAAGUGCAAAUGAAAACAAUAUUCACAGUAGUAGUGAUAAUGUGGGUAAUGCUCCUAAUGGUUCUGUUGCUACCACGUUGAUCCAUAGUCCACCGAGAAUUAACAGUCAUGACAAAGAAAACAAAAAAAAAAACAAUACUACUACUACUAAUAAUUGUAAUAACGAUAGUAAUAAUAAUACUGCUAAUACUUGUAAUAACGAUAGUAAUAAUAAUACUACUAAUAAUUGUAAUAACGAUAGUAAUAAUAAUACUACUAAUAAUUGUAAUAACGAUAGUAAUAAUAAUACUACUAAUAAUUGUAAUAACGAUAGUAACAAUAAUAUUACUAAUAAUAGCAAUAGCGGUAUUAAUAAUAAUAUUACUAAUAAUAGCAAUAGUGGUAGUAAUAAUAAUAUUACUAAUAAUAGCAAUAGUGGUAGUAAUAAUAAUAACAAAAUAACCUUUGGCUAUGUAAAUAAUAAAGAAAACAUUAAUAAUAGUAAUCACAGUGCAACUAAUGCCAAUUGUUCCAUUAGAAGAACAUCUGCUAUUGAAUCCAUGCCCAACAGUGAUAACAUUGGCGGAGAUAAAAAAUACGUCAAUAACAGUUUAGGAGUAAAUUAUACAUAUAAGAAAGACAAUAUGUUCUUAAAUGAACUAAAUAAGAUGAAUGAAUAUUGUAUUUCGAAUAAACGUAUUAUUAAGGGCCAAAAUAAUAUAUUUUGUAAUAGUUCAAGAAAUAAUAUGGAAAAUAUGAUUGAUAGUUGUAUAAGUAUAGACAAUAAAUCAGAAGAAUUUGAGCACUAUAAAAAUAUGAACACUAAUUAUAGUAAAAAAAAUAACAACAAAUCAUUUUUUAAAAAAGAGAAGAGCUUAAAUAUGGAAGUGCAAGGCAUAAGUGAUGAUAAUACAAUUAGCAGCACAUUAGAUGAACACAUGAAUAGAAUUCUAAAAGGAAAUAACAGAACGAACGAUAGUAAUAACAUUUUUUUCAGAAAAGAUGAAAUAUUUAGUUCAGCAGGAAAUAAUAAUUGUUUUGAAAAUAAUAUUGAAAAUAGUAUCGAAAAUAGUAUUGAAAAUAGUAACAAAUGUGAGGAUUAUAAUUUAAAUGAUAACGAAGUUAAUGAAUCAUUUGAUUAUACAAAUAAUUUGUUGAAUAUAUUUUUGUCAUGUAAUAGUAUAAAUGAAAAUUUUGAUGAAGUAAAUGAAGGUAGUACCAAUUUUGACGAGUAUAAAUCAGACACGAAUUCUUUUAAUAAUAUAGAGAAAAGUAUGACAAAUAUAUGUGAAAUAUUUAACAAUUCUUCAAACAAUAAUUCUAAUCUUUUUGGCAAUUACAACUUUUAUGGACAAACAUGUUUACAAUGUAAGCAUUAUAAGAAUGAAAUAAAAAACUUAAUGCAGCAAGUACAAUUUUUAAGGGAAGAGCUUUUAAGAUAUAAACAAAUAAUUAUUGCAUCGGGAAUAAAUGAUAAUUUUGAUAAUAAAUUUAAUAAUUGGAAUUACAACUAG